UUACAAUAAUUUGUUGCAUUGACAAGCAAAGAUAUGGGGGCAUUUGGCGAUUCCAAGCCUACAUUGGCUAUGUUUGGAUUGCAAUUCUCCUAUGCAAUUGUUUCUCUCAUCACAAGAGCUGCUCUUAUACAUGGAAUGAGUCCUAGGGUCUUUGUUGUCUACAGGCAAGCUAUAGCAACUUUGGUCAUUGUACCCGUAUCUUAUUUCUCAAGGAGAAAAUCAGCUGGGACUUCUUUGGGACUGAGGAGCUUUUGUUUAGUGUUUUCGGCCUCAUUUAUAGGUGUAACGAUCAAUCAGAAUGUCUUUGCUGAGGGGCUAUACUUAGCCUCAUCAUCAAUGGCAAGUGCAAUGGGUAAUCUCGUUCCUGCCAUCACAUUUGUCAUGGCAGUAGCUCUCGGAUUGGAGAAGAUUAAGAUCGGAAGCUUCAGAAGUAUCGCGAAAAUAGUAGGAACAGUAAUAUGUGUCAGUGGAGCCAUAUCAAUGGCAUUGCUCAGGGGACCAAAGCUACUUAACAAAACCAUUUUUGGGUCGGGAGGUGAGGAUUGGUUGCUGGGUUGUCUGUUUAUAUUUGUGAGCACUUGUUGCUGGUCAAUAUGGCUGAUUUUGCAGGUUCCGCUUACAGCUAGCUAUCCUGACCACCUAUCCCUGUCAGCCUGGAUGUGUUUCUUGGCAACACUACAGUCAGGAAUUCUAACAUUAUUCUUAGAGAAAGAUUUGGAUGCAUGGAAACUGCAUUCAUACUUGGAACUUGUUGGUUGUUUGUUCACAGGAAUUAUAGGAUCUGGGCUUUCUUUCUUUGUUCAGGCCUGGGUAAUUUGUCAAAGGGGUCCCCUCUUCUCUGCAAUGUUCAAUCCUCUAUGCACAGUUAUUGUAACCGUAUUGGCUGCUAUUUUUCUCCAUGAAGAGAUUUACACUGGAGGCUUGAUAGGAGGAGUUGCUGUGAUUAUUGGUUUGUAUAUUGUGCUAUGGGGAAAGGCAAAAGACUUUAUAAAGGAAGAAGACGAGAUCGAUCCGAAGCUGGAAAUCGAUCAAAGGCAGGCAGUUAAAAUCACGAUUCAGGACUCCAGAGAAGGAAAACUUGUUCUUGAAGAACCUUUUCUGUCUGAUAAAUCAAAUGUCGUUGAAGAAGAUGAUAAUUUCCAUCAAUAAUAGAUUGGAUCAGUAAUCAUUUUGCAGUUCUUUUGAGAUGACAGAUGGAACAUGACAUUGUAAUAGUUUUGAGAAACUUAAGUACUUAAUAAUGUCAAUUUAACGAAACCAGAUUUUCAGACUCCCGGAAA